CCUGCCCACAGCAAAUGUCUUCUGUGUGAACUUGUGUAGCUGUUAGAUAGUCCUAGUCCUCUCUGACAGCUGACUUCUCCUUUGGCUUUUCUGCUUGUUGGUGUUCUGAAGACUGAACGAUGAGGGUGUGGAUUGUUUUCCUCCUGUGCCUAGCUGGCCAGGCAUUCACCGCUUCCAUUACCGAGGAGGAGCCCAUCAUUGAUGAUGUCGUUGAGGAGGCACAGCCAGAGGUGGGGGUCAACCCAGUGCAGGUAGAGACUGGAGACUUUGACGAGGCCAUCGAUGUCGAGGAGGAGGAGGAGGUCACCGCUGAGAACCCCUGCUUGAACCACCACUGCAAGAAGGGAAAGGUGUGUGAGGUGGAUGAGGAGAAUACCCCCAUGUGUGUCUGCCAGGACCCAACUACCUGCUCUUCUGCCGUUGGAGAGUUUGAGCAUGUUUGCGCCACCGACAACACAACCUACGACUCUUCCUGCCACUUCUUUGCCUACAAGUGCAGUCUGGAGGGAACCAAGAAGGGCCACAAACUGCACCUAGACUACAUCGGGCCAUGCAAAUUCAUCGAGGCCUGCAUGGAUGCUGAGCUGAAUGAGUUCCCCCUGCGUAUGAGGGACUGGCUGAAGAACGUUCUGGUCACCCUGUACGAGCGCGAUGAGGAGAACAACCUGCUGACUGAGAAGCAGAAGCUCAGAGUGAGGAAGAUCUAUGAGAAUGAGAAGAGACUGCAGGCUGGAGAGCACUCCCUGGACCUGCUGGCCCACGACUUUGACAAGAACUACAACAUGUACAUUUUCCCCGUCCACUGGCAGUUCGGUCAGCUGGACCAGCACCCCGUCGACGGGUUCCUGUCCCACACAGAGCUGGCCCCCCUGCGCGCCCCUCUCAUCCCCAUGGAGCACUGCACCACUCGUUUCUUCGAGCAGUGUGACGCUGACAAUGACAAGUACAUCGCCCUGGAGGAGUGGGCCAACUGCUUCAGCAUCAAGGAGCAGGAUGUCGACAAGGACCUUGUCAUCUAAGCUCAUCAGCUGACCUACAGUAUGAAAACUAGUCUCUAUUGGGACGAGGUGCUAAGCUCAUCCCUAAAUUAAUGAAACACAGUAACGGUGCUAACUACAACUAAUUAACGACCGACCUACACCACUAAAAUUGCUGAAAAAGACACAUGCACAGUCUGAACUAACAAAUCACAAAACGUGAUCAUGAUGCAACUUUUUUUCUUGUUUGUGCAAAUAAAUAAGCCUUUUUAACCAGAUAGAUUAGAGGAAGUAACAGAAAGAUGCUUUUUGACGGGAGAAAGAUGUAAAUGUAUGUUGAAUGGGUUGUGAUAAUGGUUGAUGUUCACAACAUUUAUAUUGUGUUCACGUGAUCAGGGCUUGGAUUUAAUAACAUCAAUUAGAACAUUCUUUGGAGGAGACAAGUUUUGUAAAAAUCUAAAAAAUAAAGUUUCUAAAUAAAUGCUUCUUUCAUUUGCUUUUUUUCUAAAUA